CUGCUACCGAUCCCUACUCCAAAGCGCCAAUAUCCACAUUUCCCCUCACGAUAAUACCUUCCAGGACGUCACCACGUCCUGCAACGUGUUGAAGGGGAGACUGGGCGAAUAUAGGCUAAAUCGUCCGUCUAUACUUGAGACCAUGAGCUGAGAAUCGCCAAAAACUUCUGCCUCCAACAAAUCACGCCUCGUCCACGGACAGUAGGCACCAAUCGCGACAUGCCCGAACUUCCCAACAUACGUUGGGGCAUCAUCGCCACCGGCCUCAUCUCCUCCUGGUUCGUCGAGGACAUCGUCCGAACCGAUCGACCAGAACCCCAGGCCACGCACACCAUCCAAGCCAUUGGCUCCUCCUCGCUCCAGAAGGGCAAAGACUUUGUCGCCAAGCACAUUCCUCAGACGUCACCCGCCAUCUACGGCUCUUACGAGGAAGUGUACAACGAUCCCAACGUCGACGUGAUCUACAUUGGCACGCCGCACGCCUUCCACAAGAAGAACUGCCUCGAUGCCAUCUCUGCGGGCAAGCACGUCCUCUGCGAGAAGGCCUUCACGCUGACUGCCAAAGAAACCAGGGAGGUCUUUGAGACUGCACAGGCCAAGGGCGUCUAUGUGAUGGAGGCCAUGUGGACACGGCACUUUCCCCUCAUCAAGGCCAUGCAGAAAGUCUUGCACGAGGAAAAGGUCAUUGGCGAGGUGAGGCGGGCAUUUUGCGACUUUGCCAUCUUUCAAGACAUUGCCUCCAAAGGACCCGAGUCGCGGCUAAAGAAUCCAGCUCUGGGGGCUGGCAGUCUGCUGGAUAUCGGUAUCUACAGCUUGACCCUGACCAUUCUGGGCUUGGAGCCGGCGUUGGGAGAGAAGAAGGGGGCAGCAGAGACGCCGGCUGUGAGGGCCAUCCAGUCGCUCUCUGAUGGCGUGGACGUCAGCACCGCGGUGCUGUUACUCUACAAGGACGGGAGACAGGGCAUUGCCACCUCGCACAGCGACCUCAAGACAGGCGACGACUUCUGCCGCGUUGAGGGCAGCGAGGGCACAUUGAUCGUCCAUGGGCCCGCUGCGUCGGUGCCCAGCUCGUUCACCGUCGUGAAGAGGGGCGGCGGGGAGAAGACGUACGAGUUUGAGAGGCCGGGAAGGGGCUUCUACUGGGAGGCUGAUGCUGUGGCGGUGGAUAUUCAGCAGGGGCGGACAGAGAGUCCUGUGAUGCCGUGGAGUGAGACCAUUCGGUUUAUGGAGAUUAUGGAUGAGGUGAGGAGGCAGGGUGGUGCCAGGUUUCCCCAAGACGAGCGGUAGCUGUACGCAAGUAGUUAUAUGCGCGGAAGCGUGGGAAGUUGGGAACUGCCUGGUCAGGUAUUGUCGACCCUGUACAGUGCCUGUAUAGUAUGUGCACAGUGCAUGAACGGUACGUGGGAACCUGGAACCAGA